CAACACUUUAUUUAUUCCACCAAAAAAAAAAAUGCUAUUUUCAAUAUUCUUCUUCCACUUGAUAUUUAAUUCUGGAUGUUUCACCAAAGCUGCUAGGAUUUUAGCCAUAUUUCCUUAUCCUUCUCACAGUCAGCAGGUUGUAAGCAAUGAAUUGUGCCUAGCACUCCAAGAAAGAGGCCACGAGUUGGUCGUUUUCACCACUGAUCCAGUCAACCGCAAUUUAGCAAAUUACUCUGAAGUGUCAUUGAAGUCAAUGUACAAAGAGCAUGCUAGGAUAUUGAAUUUUUAUGCGGUUUCCAAAAUAGGAUUUUGGAGAUUUGCUGAAUUAUUCUUGGAAUUGGGACGAAUCAUCACCGACUACACAUACUCAACUCCAGAAAUGAAGAAGAUUAUUUUAGAGAAAAAGAAUCAGAGGUUUGAUGUCAUCCUGGUGUCAGCAAUGUACUGGGACUCUUUGUAUUACUUGGCUGAUGUUCUAGAUGUUCCAAUGAUUGGAGUUUCAUCUUUGCCUACACAAGCGAUCCAUAAUUACAUCAUGGGGAAUCCAUAUCUCACUGCUUGCUUCCCUGAAAUGCUAUCAGGAUUCACUGAUCAAAUGAGCUUCAAAGAACGUAUUAUCAACCUCUUCUGGACAGUGAAGCAAAUGUAUUAUUAUAAAUAUAAGAAUCUGCCUAUUCAAAGUCGGGUCUUGAAGAAGCAUUUUGGAGAUGCUGCUCCACCUGUUGAUGAACUGAUCAAUCGUUUGAGCAUGAUAUUCACAAACUCUCGUCUUUUUUUCAACUUCCCAAGGACUUCAGUCCCUGGUAUCCUGCAGAUUGGUGGCCUCCGUCAUAUUAAAGCAGAAAAAACACUUCCACCGGAUUUGAAAAAAAUUUUAGAUAAUGCUGAGCGUGGAUUUAUUUAUUUUAGUCUUGGUUCCAAUGUGAAAAGCACUCAACUCGAUGGGAAAAUUCUGAACAGCUUUAUCGAAGCUUUCUCUGAGCUACCUUAUCAAAUUGUAUGGAAGUUCGAGGCUGAUAAACUAGCCCAGAAGCCAGAUAAUGUGCACAUUCGUCCAUGGAUGCCUCAAUAUGAAAUUUUAGCUCAUCCAAACCUGAAGCUUUUUAUAUACCAGGGUGGACUUCAAAGCACUGAAGAAGCCAUAGAGAAUAGUGUCCCUGUUCUAGGAUUUCCUGUUAUUAGUGACCAGAUGCACAACAUGAAGAUCCUGGUUCUGAAAGGAGCAGGAAAAAUGUUGGAGAUUCAUAAGGUUGAUGCCAACAUCAUCAAAAAUGCCAUCAACGAAAUCAUAUCAGACCCUUGCUAUAAAAAGAAUAUGAUAAAACUACGAAAACUGCUACAUGAUAGACCACUGCAUCCAAUGAACGAAUCAAUUUGGUGGAUUGAACAUAUAAUCCGACAUAAAGGCGGUGCUCAUCUUCGUACACGUUCUCGAGACUUACCUUGGUACAAAGUGGAGUUACUCGACAUUUUCUUAUUUUUCUUUAUCCUUCUUGUUGCCUUAGCAGUGCUCAGCUGGACACUUGUACGCUCAGCAAUCGGACUGAUCAAAGCCCGUAUUUUUCCUUUCAUAAAAACGUCUAGAAACAAUUGGACAACAAUGGCAAAGUGCAAAGCUUCAUAAUAUAAGGGAUUUUAUUUUAUUUCAUCUUCUGUCGGAACAAAUUAAAAAAGUGAUAUGUCUUACUCUUUGUUGAGACUUGCUUGUUUCAUCAGAUUUAUUGAGAAUAAAACAAUUAAAAUUUUUUAAAUACCUAGGAUUAUUAAGUCUUCGUUGAAUUGAUAGAAAAGUGAAAGGAUAAUUUGCUAGACACACUUUGGUGUUUGUACAAAACAUAAUUGAUUUCAAUAAGUCACACAAAAUUAAUCUGAGUAAAUUCUUAGCCACACACACACACACACAAAUAUUCAGUACUGAUGAAAUAAAGAGUGUGCUUUCAUUGAAAAAGGUGCGCUGAUUUACGAAAAAUUGUCAGGGACUGGUGAUAGAAGUGAAAACUUGAAACUAUAAAAUAGCAAUGGUUUGUUUGAAUUUUUAAAUUAAUUGUAGUACCAAAAAUUGAAAAUCGAUUAUUUGUAAAUGAAACUUAUUGAUAUUAGUCUAGUUUUAACAUCUAUCGA